CCUCGCGCCAACUGUCAAAAUGUUUUGAAAAACAAAAUGCUCUUAUUUCGAUGCAUUUCAAGAGUUUUGUUGUGAUAAGAACACUGGAAUAUAGACUGAAAUACUAUCCAACCAUUAGACUCAUGGAACCACCACAGGCCAAGUCCAGGAAGAAAUGGUUCCAAAUUCCAUCCAUCUUUUCCCAUCGUCCUGCCAGCAGUAAGCCCAGUAGAAAAGCUCCUAAGGAGAGACAAGUCAGUAACCAGAAUGUGAAAAGAGCCCUGUACACAGCAGUACCGAUUUGCACUCCUGAAAGAAUUCCGUGUGAGCAGGGUGCUGUCAUAGAUGAUGCAGGCAUUGUGGACCGGGAUUCCUGUGCAGAUGUGGAAGUGCCAGACACAGCAGAUAUAAUCACAGAGGCAGUGCAGUUGGCGGGUCAUGACUACCUCAUCACUGAGGAAGAUAAGGAGUCCUUCAAGCUACUAGAAAGCAAUAAAGACUUGGCCGGUGUCAUCCAAGAAAGAGAAAGACUACAGACAUGUGAAUAUGACCUGAAAAAACUGAAGGCCUCUGGACAAGUAUUAGAGGUGAAUGAAUUGAGAAACAAUGACAAGCUGUUCCGCUAUUGCACAGGACUUAAAAAUGAGGUCUUUGAUUCACUGUACAAAUAUUUGGAGCCAUAAGCAAAAGUUCUUAAGUACCAACAAGGCGAAAGGACAAAAGCAUACAAGAAUCAUGCCGAAAACUACAAGCGAAAGCCAGGAAAAGCCAGACAAACAUCCCUUGAGCAAGAGAUGUUUUUCACUCUAGUUAAAUUGAAACUUGGUUUGCAGACUAUGGACUGUUCAAUGCGGUUUGGCAUGUCCACUGCAAGAUGCAGUGUUAUUUUCACUGCAUGGGUGACAUUAUUAUAUCAGGAACUAGAAAAAAUAUGCAAGAUGCCACCAACCACAUAAUGUGACAACAUGUACAACGCGAAGUGUUUUAAUGAGUUCAAGAACUUGAGAGUAAUUGUAGACUGUACAGAGCUGUACUCUGAAACCCCUUCAUCUGUUGGUGCUCACAAACAAUUUCAUUCAAACUAUAAACACCACUCAACUGUUAAGUUCCUUGUAGGUAUGAAUACAGGUGGUGCUAUAACAUACAUUUCUGUGAUGCAUGGUGGUAGAUCAAGUGACAAGUUCAUAACUGUAGGGGCUGAUGACCUACUUUCUAGUUUAAAUCCAGGAGAAAAGGUUAUGGCAGACCGUGGCUUCACCAUCCAGGAUUGCCUUCCCUCAGGUGUUAAACUGGUAAUACCGUCAUUUAAACAUAAGGACAAAUCACAGUUUAAAAAGGAUGAACUACAUAAGAACAAGAAGAUCUCUGAAGCCCGGGUUCAUAUCGGAAGAGCAAUUCGAAGAAUUAAACAAUUCAAUAUCCUCAGACAAGAAGUGAAACUGUAUCAGGUGGAUGUGUAUGAUCACAUUUUCAAGGCUUGUGGGUAUCUGGUGAAUUUCCAGGACCCUUUCUUGAAAGUUGAAGAUGAGUGAUAAGGAUUAUGUUUAUAAUACUGUUGAUAGAAUGGUUGAAGGCAUUGUUCUUUACUUUAGAUCCAAUCUGAAAUAGUGCUCCAAAUGCUAUAUGUUUGGUGUAAAUGCUCAAAGUACUAUAUUUUGUAUGUUUGAAUGCUCAAAGUACUGUAUAUUGUUAAUGCUCAGCUUUUUUGUCAGACGUUUAAAAGUGUACCAUGUCACACAUUAAUCUCAUCAAAUAUUGUUGAUUUAAAGUAAUCACUUGCUUGAGAUUCAGUUUGAAACAGUGCUCAAAGUACUAUGCCAUUUAUUAUUUUAUAUGUGCUGUUCUAUUGUUACUGUUAACUUAUAGUGAACCAUGGCGAUGCCAAAUAUUGAUCUCACAUGCAAUUGAUGCAAUAGUCAUUUUUUUUUGUAAAUGACUUUCUAAUGUGGAAAAUGUUGAUCAUUUCAAACCUUUUUUCAUAAACCGGUAAGUCUACAUGUAAUUAUAUAUGGUCAAUACUUCCACCACCAGUACCAAAAAGUGCAAUUGUUUGGACUGUGACUACAUGCACAUGUGAUAAGAUAUAUUUAUUCACAUCAGUUACAUUUUAAUGGUUGAUAUUAACUUCAACAAUUAGAGGCAUAUUUAUGUUAACUCUUGUUUUAAUAUUUCAAAUUUUAUUAAUAUUCUUGUAUAAUUCCUUGCACGUUGAUUUUCCUAGGUCUUUAUCAAUAUGCACACAUAUGCCUU